UUAGUUUAUGCACCGAAGUUACGUUGUUAAACAAGCUGUCAUUUCCCCUAUUUCUCUUUCGCCUGUACAUCACAUUCUGUAUUCAGUUGCUGUUGCGAAUUUUGUCCCAGUUACUGCGUCUCUUGUAGUCGUACGAAUUUACGGCUUCGGUUAGUGCUAACCCGUCGUAAAAAUGGGAAAGAAUCCUCUUUUGUUUCUUGCCGGAGUUCUGGUUUGUUCGUUCAGCGUAGCUGUGUUUGCUUCGCCCGAAACGAAAGUUUGUUCUUGUCCGCGCAAUCUCGAAUUAAACUGCGGUGGGGAUCACGUGACCUACGCAAACCACUGCAUCCGGGAGUGCCACGGCGUCGGCCUGUUACACGACGGGCCUUGCGCUGACCAAGAAGACCAAGGUUCGUCUGUCAACGAACCAUCCGAAGUAGCCGAUACAACGGAACAGCCCAGCAUAACGCCAUCGGGAGAGGAGGAUCGUCCGCCAAAGGACGCCCCAAAGGAACGGAAGAGGCUGCGAGGAUGCGCUUGCACUCGCGAAUUGCGACUCAACUGCGGUGUGGACGGCGUCACGUAUUCAAACCAUUGUGUCCGCAAAUGCGAAAGAGUCAAGCUGCUACACGAAGGUCCUUGCAGGGGAGGUCCCGGACGCACACUGUUUUCGCAGCAGGAUGACGAAUCUGAGAACGAUGCUCUGGAAGAGGAGGAACAAAGAUUACAGAGAACACAGUCUUCACACCAGCAUGAUGAUGCUGAGAAUGGUGCUCGGGCAGAGCAUGAACAACGUUUGAAGGGCUGCCCAUGCCCUCUUAACCUGAUGCUUAACUGCGGCGUCGACGGCGUCACGUAUGACAACCACUGCCUUCGACGGUGCAGGAGAGUUGAACUGAAGCACGAGGGUCCAUGUGAAGCCGACGAACAGAAACAGCUUCCCGUGCAGCACGGUGACAAUGAGAUCGACGUGCCAGAACGGAGAAUUGAAGAUCUUAAAGACUGCGCUUGCCCCUUGAUCCUAACGCCAAACUGCGGGACGGACCGGAAGACUUACCCCAACAACUGUGUGCGUGAGUGUGCUGGAGUCAAACUGCUUCACGAGGGCCCCUGCGAAGGGGACACCGAAGAGAUCUGGGAUGACCAAUAAAUAGAGGAUCUUGUUUUCAAAGGCAUCUUUGCUUGCGAUACUGAUUUGAAUGCCAGGGACUUAGACAGCGACAGUGUACGUGAAAACAGUUGCUGUGCUGUCCCGUUGAUCUUCUGCAUAAUGUCGAAACUGGCGUGAUGGUUUCCAUAACCGAUUCUUCAGCCAUCGUCACUUGUGAUUUUGAGGUGUCUUCGCUGGGGCGGGGUCACAUUUCGUCACACACCCUUGCCAAUGUGUGGCACGUGGCGAUGAACGGUGUCAUAUGUGUGUCGCUAAAUGGAAUGUUUCCCCCAGUAGACAAAAUAGUGACUUUUGUUUAAGCGUCGUGAGCCAUAGUUGAUACACCGGCCGACAUUGUCAUCGGCAUGAUAAUGUAUCCAACAUAAGCAAAACAUGCCCUCCUGUACCCUUUCGACUUCGUCUGAAAACCCGGUCAUAACUAGCUAUUUGCGAGGCCCA